AUGGCGUCGAACGGUUCCAACAACGGCCCAUCUUCGGGCGACGGAGGUCAGGAAAAGCAGAAGAUGCUGCUCUCUUCUGAACAUGGCCAUUUCAGCUUGAUCAAAGCUCUUCAUCUUGCCGAUCUUGUCACUGAACUCAAUGUCAUGUCCGUUUUCUCGUCUAUGCGCUAUUGUCUCGGCGAACCCACUGAAUACGGUGCUAUCUGGGCCGCUCUUGGUUUCAUGCCAUUCGGCCUGUUCUUCGACUUCAUGGAUGGAAAGAUUGCGCGCUGGCGCAAGAAGUCCUCUCUGAUGGGCCAGGAGCUCGACUCCCUCGCCGAUCUGAUCUCCUUUGGCCUCGCUCCCGCCGCGGCAGCCUUUGCCCUCGGUAUCCGUACAUCCCUCGACCACUUCUUCCUCGCCUUUUUCGUUCUCUGUGGAUUGACCCGCCUGGCUCGGUUUAACGUCACCGUGGCUGUCUUGCCGAAGGAUAAGAGCGGCAAGUCAAAAUACUUCGAGGGUACUCCCAUCCCCACUACCCUAGCCAUUGUCUCUCUCAUGGCCUACUGGGUUUCCCAAAGCUGGACCCACGAGAACAUCCCUUUCGGUCUCCUCGCGGAGGGUACUUUCUUGGAGUUUCACCCGGUCGCGCUCAUGUUCGUCAUGCAUGGCUGUUUGAUGGUCAGCAAGACGAUUCAUAUCCCCAAGCCGUGA